CCUGUGAUUAGUUGCCUUUGAGAGAAACCUGUGAACUCGGUUCCUUCUUUCACCCUCUUGGGCUAGCUCAGCUCAGAAACUCUGCCUAGGUGCUUGAUCUAGGAUUCAUCGGGCACAAGAAAGAGGUUAUUAUCAAUACCAUGGUUUUGAAGGUUUCUCUCAUUAUUGUUCUCCUUGUGACAUGCUCCUGUGUCGUGGAAGCCUAUUCUAGGAAUCACGAUCACCGUCACAACCAAAAUGGAUCUUCUAUGGCUGCCAUAAAGUUUCCUGAUCAUCCAAGCUUUAGUACUGUCUCUUCUUCUGGGGACACUGAUUGCAGCCUCUCGAGUUCUGAGGAACUCGGGCAUUCUGGGUCUACCAUGACAUCAGGUGAAGAAACUGAUCAAAAGGGUGAGGCUUUUCCAGCUCCAAGACCGCACAAGCAAUUGGUGAAACUCCACUUGAAACACAGGUCAGGGAGCGAAGAUGCUGAGCCUAAACAAUCUGUGGUUGAUUCCACCGUGAGGGAUUUGACCAGAAUCCAGAACCUUCACAGAAGGGUCAUAGAGAAGAAGAAUCAAAACGCCAUUUCAAGGCUGCAGAAGUCACAGAACCAACCAAAGCAGUCCUUCGAGCCUGUGGUUUCUCCGGGGGCUUCGCCGGCAAGUGGGGUUUCCGGGCAGCUUGUGGCAACUUUGGAAUCUGGGGUGAGUCUUGGCUCUGGUGAGUACUUCAUGGAUGUGUUUGUGGGCACACCUCCUAAGCAUUUCUCUCUGAUACUUGAUACUGGUAGUGACCUUAAUUGGAUCCAAUGUGUUCCUUGCAUUGCAUGUUUUGAGCAAAGUGGACCAUAUUAUGACCCCAAAGAUUCUAGUUCUUUUAGGAAUAUAAGCUGUCAUGAUCCACGGUGCCAACUGGUUUCAUCCCCUGAUCCACCUAGGCCUUGCAAAGGUGAGAAUCAGAGCUGUCCCUACUUCUACUGGUAUGGAGAUGGUUCAAACACAACUGGAGAUUUUGCAGUGGAAACCUUUACCGUUAAUCUCACCACUCCUUCUGGGGGGUCAGAGCUGAAGCAUGUGGAGAAUGUGAUGUUUGGAUGCGGUCAUUGGAAUAGGGGUCUCUUUCAUGGGGCAGCUGGUUUGCUAGGCUUGGGGAGAGGACCAUUGUCAUUUGCUUCUCAGAUGCAAUCUCUCUAUGGCCACUCCUUUUCCUAUUGUCUUGUGGAUAGAAAUAGCAAUGCAAGUGUGAGCAGCAAAUUGAUUUUUGGUGAGGACAAGGAGCUGCUCAGCCACCCCGAUUUGAAUUUCACUUCUUUUGCUGGUGCAAAAGAGGAUUCAGUUGACACAUUUUACUAUGUCCAGAUAAAGUCUGUUAUGGUUGAUGGUGAGGAGUUGAAGAUACCUGAGGAAACUUGGCAUUUGUCAGCAGAAGGUGCUGGUGGUACCAUAAUUGAUUCUGGCACCACAUUAACAUAUUUUGCUGAACCUGCUUAUGAGAUUAUCAGGGAAGCUUUUGUGAAGAAGAUUAAGGGCUAUGCACUCAUUGAAGGCCUUCCUCCUCUGAAGCCAUGUUACAAUGUGUCAGGAAUUGAUAAGAUGGAGCUACCUGACUUUGGAAUUUUAUUUGCUGAUGGAGCAGUGUGGAAUUUCCCGGUGGAGAAUUACUUUAUCCAGAUUGAUUCUGAUAUUGUUUGCUUGGCUAUUUUGGGAACUUCUCGAUCUGCUCUUUCAAUAAUCGGAAACUAUCAGCAGCAGAAUUUCCACAUACUAUAUGACAUGAAGAAAUCCAGACUUGGUUAUGCAGCAAUGAAGUGUGCUGAUAAAAAAAAUGUGGUGGUGGAGGGAGGUGAUGUAGGGAGUAACCCUCUAAUUGAUUAUCUAUUAGCAGAGGAACAGCAAUUGACGGAGCAAUCGAAAUCGGUGGGGAUGGUUGCUGUUAGGUUUCACCAGUACCAGGUGGUGGGAAGGGCUCUUCCUACCGAAUCCGAUGAACAUCCUAAGAUCUACCGCAUGAAACUCUGGGCCACCAACGAGGUCCGUGCCAAAUCCAAGUUCUGGUAUUUCUUGAGAAAAUUGAAGAAGGUGAAGAAAAGCAAUGGGCAAAUGCUAGCCAUUAACGAGAUUUUUUAGAAGAAUCCUAAAAAGAACUAUGGAAUUUGGCUGCGAUAUCAAAGUCGCACUGGUUAUCAUAAUAUGUACAAGGAGUACCGUGAUACGACUCUGAAUGGUACUGUUGAGCAAAUGUACAAUGAAAUGGCAUCUCGUCAUAGAGUGAGGCAUCCAUGCAUCCAGAUAAUUAAGACUUGCACCAUGCCUGCUAAGCUGUGCAAAAGGGAGAGUACCAAGCAGUUCCACAAUUCUAAAAUCAAAUUCCCAUUGGUGUUCAAGAAAGUUAGGCCCCCAACUAGGAGGCUCAAGACAACAUACAAGGCAUCCAGGCCAAACCUGUUCAUGUGAUUCAGUUUAUGUAACUUCCCUGCUUCUCAUCUCGUGCUGCUUGAUCCAUUCGUGGUGUACAUAUAGGAAGUGCAUAGAGAAAAGGUGAUAAUGUAGUGACAAUCUCCAGUAUCUGCAAUCAUAUUUUGCAUUCUUUCAAGGUCUGAAGAUUGUUUUUGAAAGAUGGAGUUUUAGUUAAUUAUAUAUAUAUAUAUAUAUAUAUAUAUAUAUAUAUAUAUAUAUAUAUAUAUAUAUAUAUAUAUAUAUAUAUAUAUAUAUAUAUAUAUAUAUAUAUUCUGCAGAAUCACAUAUUUUCCUCUUUCUGGUGUACUUGUUCCACGAUGCUUUUGAAUUUGGUGAUUACAUUUUUGUUCCGAUUC